AUGGAGAAAUGGUUACUUCCAGAGCGCUCCCGAAAAACCAGAUGGGAGGUCAUACUCGGCAUACUAUGUCUCUCUCAGACGAUCGCCUUGGCAACUUACUUUUUCACUGCUACGUUCACUCAGCCUUAUACAAAGCCAUUGCCAGGCCAGCUUGACUACUGGACUGACUGUGGUCUCUCGCCCAGUGAGGCGAUGGCUCGCAACUGCCAUUUUGACCCGAUGCUUUACGCCUGGAUUCCUAAUGAAUGUUUUCACCCAGAAGGAUUGGACGAGUACCGCCCUUUCGAAGAUCGCAUUUGGUACAAAGAUCAAAAUCUUACAGACACUUUGAGUGAGAACGACAUGCAGCAGCUGGCGCUGGGCAACAUAUUCGUUGCAUAUACACACACCUUUCACCAUGAGCACUGCCUGUACGCGAUGCGCAAGCUAGCGAUGGCUACCGAAAAACGAUGGCUGCUGAUUGAUGGGAAGUCUGCUGAUGUGCGGCACACAACACAUUGCGGGAAGCAGAUUGCCCAUUUUGUCAAGGGUACAGUUGAAAAGACCUACAGUACGGAGCAUGAGGUUGCGACUGCAAGAUUACAGUUCCCAGGAUGUGUGAAAAUGCCAUGGAGAUUUUAA